GCAGGCCUCGCCGGGCAUCCAGCUACACCUCGCUGGAACAAAUAAAGGAUCCUCUGUUAAACAGAGGGAAAAACAGACUGUUUUCGACAUAUCAGAGGAAGAGCUGAAAAAAGAGAAUUUGAGAAGCCAGCUCAAGAGGCAGUAGUGGGAGCUGAUCUGUAGAGUCAAUAGCUGAGAGCAUCAGAGGAUCACCAUUGUAAAGGUGUGAGCAGUGAUCUGGACAUUUAAAGCAGUGCUUUCAGCACACACACAGAGGCACCAUGGCAGGGGCCUCGGUGAAGGUUGCGGUGAGAGUCCGUCCCUUCAACUCUCGUGAGAUGAGUAAAGAGUCCAAGUGCAUCAUCCAGAUGUCAGGAAACACAACCACCAUCAUCAACCCCAAAGCACCCAAAGAAACCAAAAGCUUCAAUUUUGAUUAUUCCUACUGGUCACAUACCUCGCCAGAAGAUAUCAACUAUGCCUCCCAGCAGCAGGUGUUCAGAGACAUUGGAGAGGAAAUGUUACUUCAUGCCUUUGAGGGCUACAACGUUUGUAUUUUUGCAUAUGGCCAGACUGGGGCCGGUAAAUCUUAUACCAUGAUGGGCAGACAGGAAAAGGACCAGCAGGGGAUCAUUCCACUGCUGUGUGAAGACCUUUUUACCAAGAUUAAUGGCAACAAUACUGAUAACAACAUGUCCUAUUCUGUGGAGGUUAGUUAUAUGGAGAUUUACUGUGAAAGGGUACGAGAUCUUCUGAACCCAAAAAACAAAGGAAAUCUGCGUGUGCGAGAGCACCCAUUACUGGGCCCGUAUGUAGAGGAUCUGUCCAAACUCGCCGUCACAUCAUAUAAUGACAUUCAAGACCUGAUGGACUCAGGGAAUAAGGCUAGGACAGUAGCUGCCACUAACAUGAAUGAGACCAGCAGCCGUUCACACGCUGUCUUCAACAUCAUCUUCACCCAGAAGCGCCAUGACUCCGAAACAGAUAACACUUCAGAAAAGGUCAGCAAAAUCAGUCUGGUGGAUUUAGCCGGCAGUGAGAGAGCAGAUUCCACUGGAGCCAAAGGCACACGGCUCAAGGAAGGGGCAAACAUCAAUAAAUCACUUACUACCCUGGGAAAAGUCAUUUCAGCUCUGGCUGAGGUGGAUUCUGGCUCAAACAAGAACCUUGGUGGCAACUCUCGCACCGCAAUGGUGGCGGCUCUCAGUCCUGCUGACAUCAACUAUGAUGAAACCCUCAGCACUCUCAGGUAUGCAGACAGGGCUAAGCAGAUCCGUUGUAAUGCUGUGAUCAAUGAAGAUCCUAAUAACCGUCUGGUGCGUGAGCUGAAAGAUGAGGUGUCCCGUCUGAAGGACCUCCUCUAUGCCCAGAGUCCUGCUGACAUCAACUAUGAUGAAACCCUCAGCACUCUCAGGUAUGCAGACAGGGCUAAGCAGAUCCGUUGUAAUGCUGUGAUCAAUGAAGAUCCUAAUAACCGUCUGGUGCGUGAGCUGAAAGAUGAGGUGUCCCGUCUGAAGGACCUCCUCUAUGCCCAGGGCCUGGGUGACAUCAUCGAGACGUUUCGGGGGCCAGUUGAAGAUUUUGCUGGUUUGAAAUACAUAUCCGAUUACAAGAACAAUAACAAUAGUGGCCAAGCUGUCAAUCAAAGAGGUGAUCUCUCCACAGUGACCAAUGCUAUGACGGGGAUGAGCCCCUCCCCAUCUCUCUCCGCCCUGUCCAGCCGAGCUGGUUCCAUCAGCAGCCUCCAUGAUCGCAUCAUGUUCAGCCCAGGGAGCGAGGAAGCCAUUGAGAGACUCAAGGAAACAGAGAAAAUUAUUGCCGAGCUCAAUGAAACCUGGGAAGAGAAGCUUCGCCGUACAGAGGCCAUCAGAAUGGACAGAGAAGCACUGCUGGCCGAGAUGGGCGUGGCCAUGCGUGAGGAUGGAGGAACUGUUGGAGUCUUUUCACCAAAGAAGACACCCCACCUGGUGAAUCUAAAUGAAGAUCCUUUGAUGUCUGAAUGUCUCCUGUAUUACAUCAAAGAUGGAAUUACCAGGGUGGGGAGAGAAGAUGCCAGCAGAAGACAGGACAUUGUUUUGAGUGGUCAUUUCAUCAAAGAGGAACACUGCACUUUCACCAGCACCACUGGACCAAUGGGAGAAGCCGUCAUUCUUGAGCCGUGUGAAGGAGCAGAAACUUAUGUCAAUGGAAAGAGAGUAACAGAACCCACUGUUCUCAGAUCAGGUCUGCCUACACUUUUCCCUCACCAGCUACAAUACUUUUUCAAAGCAUUAUGGGUUGGUUCCAAUUAUGUUGAUAUGAAACAGGAAAUGGAUCAGAGACUGCAGGAACUUGAGGAUCAGUAUCGCAAAGAGAGAGAAGAGGUCAACAAUCUACUGGAGCAACAGAGAUUAGACUAUGAGAGCAGGUUAGAAGCCCUGCAGAAGCAGGUAGAUUGUUAUUACCCUGAUGCAGCAGAGGAACAUGAAGAACCUGAGGAGGAAGUGCAAUGGACUGAGAGGGAGACAGAACUGGCAUUGUGGGCUUUCCGUAAAUGGAGGUGUUAUCAGUUCACAUCUCUCAGAGAUCUGCUUUGGGGCAAUGCCAUCUUCCUCAAGGAGGCCAAUGCCAUUAGCGUAGAGCUAAAGAAGAAGGUUCAGUUCCAGUUUGUGUUAUUGACGGACACGCUUUACUCUCCACUUCCGCCUGACCUGUUACCACCCGAGACAGCUAAAGACCGUGAGAAAAGCCCAUUCCCUCGCACCAUCGUGGCUGUAGAAGUCCAAGAUCAGAAAAAUGGAGCCACACAUUAUUGGACCCUGGAGAAGCUCAGGCAGAGGCUGGAUCUGAUGCGAGAGAUGUAUGAUCGUGCUGCUGAGGUGCCUGGCAGUGCUCUUGAAGACUGUGACAGUGUGCUGACUGGAGGCGAUCCGUUCUACGACCGCUUUCCCUUGUUCCGUCUGGUUGGAAGUGAGCAAGCGAGCGACCCUAACUCCUCCCCCACCCCCUCUGAGCCCACAUCAACCUCUGAAAUCACUGAGCUGGUCCAGUCGUGGCCUGACAACAGGGUGGGGACAGAGUUGGAUGACUUGGACGAUGAUUUCUUAUCGGAUGACCCAUGCUCGGAUUUUGAGGAAGAGGAGGAGGAGGGGGAGGAUGAGGAUGAUGAUGAUGAUGAUGAUGAUGAGGGAGAGCUCUGCAGAAGCUCCGGCAAAGCUGAGGACCCGUUUUACGAUCGCUCACCAUUGUUCAGUGUAGUGGGAAGGGCAUUUGUGUAUUUGAGUAAUCUGCUCUAUCCUGUGCCCUUGGUCCAUCGGGUUGCCAUAGUUAAUGAGAAGGGAGAGGUCAAAGGUUUCCUCAGAGUAGCUGUACAAGCAAUAUCAGCCGAUGAAGAGGCACCAGACUAUGGCUCUGGCGUCCGACAGUCAGGCACUGCCAAGAUUUCUUUUGAAGACCAGCAGUUUGAGAAGUUCCAGUCAGAGUCCUGUCCUUCUGGUCUUUCAUGUGCUGCUGUCUCUCAGGAAGAGCUGCGAAUUGUGGAGGGUGAGGGCCAAAAUGCAGAGAUGGGACUGUCAGCAGAUGAGGUCAACAAUAAUACCUGUGCAUCUAACCCAGAGGAGCUGGACAGCCCUGUCAAAACUGGUCUUGAUGGCAUACUGGACGGCGCUCUGGAUCACUUGAGGAUUGGAGAAGUCUUUACAUUCAGAGUUACUGUGCUGCAGGCAUCAAGCAUAUCCGCAGAAUACGCAGACAUAUUCUGCCAGUUCAAUUUUAUUCACAGGCACGAUGAAGCAUUUUCCACAGAGCCGUUGAAGAACACUGGACGUGGUCCACCACUUGGCUUCUAUCAUGUGCAAAAUAUUGCUGUGGAAGUGACUAAGUCUUUUAUAGAGUACAUAAAGACUCAGCCAGUCGUGUUUGAAGUGUUUGGACAUUACCAGAAGCAGCCUUUCCCUCCGCUCUGCAAAGAUCUCAUUAGCCCGCUGCGCCCAUGCAGACGACAGUUCCCAAGAGUCAUGCCUCUUUCCAAACCAGCCGCAGAUAAUGACACCCCUCCUGAUCGGGAGAAGAACCUGGAGCUGAUUCGCUACCUGCUGCCAGAGGUCUUCAAUGGGGCUCUGGUGGACUCGCUGUCAAGCCACGCCCUCAGUGCAGCAGGCUUGGCUGUUUCCUACCUCCUUGAGGGGGAGGAGCAAGCCAGACUGCCGGCCCCGCCCUUGUCUAUCUGUUCAGUAAUAAAAGCACAAAAGCCGGUACCUGCCACUAAACUGACAGCUCUCACACGACCCACGGCAGGACCGUGCCACUGUAAAUACGACCUGAUGGUCUUCUUUGAAAUCUGUGAGCUAGAGGCCAAUGGAGACUAUAUCCCAGCCGUAGUGGACCACCGUGUAGGCAUGCCAUGCCAUGGCACAUUCAUGUUACAUCAGGGCAUCCAAAGGAGAGUCACAGUCACCAUAGUACAUGAGUCAGGACGAGAUAUCGAGUGGAAGGAAGUGCGAGAGCUGGUUGUAGGGCGCAUCCGGAACACUCCUGAAGCAGAUGAGACAAUCAUCGACCCCAAUAUUCUCUCUCUCAACAUACUGUCUGCAGGAUACAUCCGACCCGCACAAGAUGACAGACAGUUUCUUGAUUCGGACAUGCCUAGGAUAUUCUACCGUUUUGAGGCUGCUUGGGAUUCAUCCAUGCACAACUCUUUGCUGCUUAACCGUGUCACUCCUUAUGGAGAGAAAAUCUACAUGACUCUGUCUGCUUACCUGGAGAUGGAGAACUGCACACAGCCCACAGUGAUAACCAAAGACUUAUGCAUGGUGUUCUACUCAAGAGACGCCAAGCUCCCAGCAUCUCGCUCCAUCAGGAACCUUUUCAGCAGUGGCACCUUGAGGCCAUCUGAAGGAAACCGUGUAACUGGUGUGUAUGAGCUCAGUCUGUGCCACCUGGCUGAUGCAGGGAGCCCAGGAAUGCAAAGACGGCGCAGGAGGGUGCUGGAUACGUCGGUGGCAUAUGUGCGAGGGGAGGAGAACCUGGCUGGCUGGAGGCCCCGCAGUGACAGCCUCAUCCUGGACCAUCAGUGGGAGCUGGAGAAACUGACUCUCCUGCAGGAGGUGGAGAAAACCAGACACUACCUCCUCCUUAGGGAGAAGCUGGAGUCCACCCUGCUGCUGGGCCAGGAGCCGCUGCUGUCCUGCGGGAGUGAGGAUCUAACCGAGUCCUCUUCCCCAUCCACCCACCUGGGCCUGGGCCACAACCCUUGCCCCGGCCCUGACACACCCAACGAGAGGCAGAAGGAGCUGGCUGCAAAGUUGAGCCAGAUGUCAGUAACUCUUUUGAAAGACUCUGCCUCAGUGUGUGCUGAAAACACCCUCACCCCAUCCUCCACAUGCCCCUCAUUGGUGGAGGGACGCUACGGCCACAACGCUGAACUCAGACCCCCAACACCUCGAUCUCGUGCUCUCAGCCCCAUCCCUGACACUGAAACAGAGAGCAAAAUGUCUCCUCAAGAGUCCAAAUCAAGAACCCACACUUUUGUGCCAGACAUUCAGGAAAUCCGUGUCAGCCCAAUUGUGUCAAAGAAAGGUUAUUUGCACUUCCUGGAGCCCCACAGUAAUGGCUGGGUUAAGAGAUAUGUGGUGGUACGUCGGCCUUAUGUCUACAUCUACAACACAGAGAGAGACACAGUGGAAAGGGCCAUUCUUAACCUGUCCUCUGCACAAGUGGAGUACAGCGAAGACCAGCAGGCCAUGCUGAAGAUGCCCUACACAUUUGCGGUAUGCACAGAGCAUCGUGGGAUACUCCUUCAAGCCAGUAAUGACAAGGAGAUGCAUGACUGGCUGUAUGCCUUUAACCCUCUGCUUGCUGGAUCUAUCAGGUCUAAACUGUCAAGAAGAAGAGCCGGGCAGAUGAGGUUUUGAGCCCACUACAUGUAUACCUUCUGUACAACUCUUCGAGGACAAAAAACACAAAGGACUAACCUUGUAAAUAGAUCUACUGACAGAUCCCCCAGUUUCUGUGCUUAUUCAACUCUCUGACCCUCUGUUUCCUACAUGUGUGUACCUGCACCUGCCCACACUAGCACCAACUGUGCACCUGUAUCUUAAAGGCCCCUUUGUUGUGCAUCUACAGUGGCCUAAAUAUUCAACUUAUAGCGCCAAGAGAACAGGCUAACUACUUUAUUGGGGUAGAGAUAGUAUGCUUAUGUAGUCUUCAGCAACAUUUUAGAAAGCUGGUGAUGGGAAUUUCUAAUUCUGAAGCUGUCAGCUCAUGCAAACACAUCUGAAUUUGUUACUGUGAAGAGUGACGUCCAUAUCUUGGGUUUGUGGGGAAAUGGAUCACAUGGCCUUACUGUGUUACUCUAUGGGUUUAAAACGAUAAAACUGGUCAGUAUUUAAAUCAGCAGACCAUAUGUUUAUUCAUCUCUUGGCUAUGGAAGAUAGAAUUGAUCAAUGAUACGCAGUUCUUAGCAAGGAGCAGAUGAAUCACAUCAUAUUACGCUCUUACUCUCUUUAAGUGCAGUUCUUGGACACAGUUCAACCCAUCAUAAAUACUCAUAUACCUUUAUAAUGUUUCCCUUGUAUGGCCUUGAAAUGCAUAAAGUUUUCAAAAUCACCAGGACGCAUUAG